GUGUGUGUGUGUGUGUGUGUGUGUGUGUGUGUGAGUGUGUUGCUUUAUUGUUCUAGCCUAUUGGGAAGACAGGAAGUGGGAAGAGAUGUGACGGGGAGGAACAGGAAGCAGGAAGCUGGGUGGAGAGAGGAAAAACAGGAAGUGGUAAGUGGGGCAGAUAAGAUGGCCUCUUCGUCUUCAAACCCCCUUACAUCUCCACCAAUCUCUGCAACAAAAGGGAUUGAUGGCUGUUUGCGGUUCUAUUUGCCUAAAAGUAAGAUCAAGACAACCUCAGCAACAAAGCCUUCGAUAACUCUCCAUGAGCGUAACACACAUUGCUCCACUGGUCGCUGAAAGUGAUCAUGUAGACUGGUCUUGGUAUAUGAAAACCUUCUCUGGCACCGGCUGGACCAGUAUCGCAGUGUGGACCAGCCUUAAAGUGGGGGACGGCUUGAGGCGCAGGCAUGCCACUGGUGAAGAGGAACAUCGAGCCCCGGCACCUGUGCCGUGGGGAACUGCCAGAGGGUAUCGGCAGCGAGCUGGAGUGUGUGAUGAACAACACACUCUCAGCCAUCAUCCGCCAGCUCAGCAGCCUCAGUAAACAUGCGGAGGACAUCUUUGGGGAGCUUUUUAAUGAAGCCAACACCUUCUACUUGCGGGCCAACUCUCUUCAGGACCGCAUUGACCGGCUGGCCAUCAAGGUGACCCAGCUGGACUCCACUGUGGAGGAGGUCUCUCUUCAGGACAUAAACAUGAAGAAGGCGUUUAAGAGCUCUACCCACCAGGACCAGCAGGUGGUGUCCAAGAGCAGCGUUCCUAUCCCAGUCAAGGAGAUGUACAACCUGAGUGACAAGCCCCCACCACUCAAUAUACUCUCUUCGUACAGGGAUGACGGUAAAGAGGGCCUGAAGUUCUAUACAGACCCGUCGUACUUCUUCGAACUGUGGAAGGAGAAGAUGCUGCAGGACACGGAAGACAAGAGAAAAGAGAAGAGGCGACAGAAGGACAAGAAAGACUGUGUGGACGGAACCUUACAGCGGCAGGUGAAGAAGGUGCGCAAGGCUCGGAACCGCCGCCAGGAGUGGAACAUGAUGGCCUUCGACAAGGAGCUGCGCCCAGACCACCGACACACACAGUCACUGCACCGUGGAGGGUCCUCCGAGGGAUCCCUGUCCCCAGAGAACAGAGCUCAUGCUGCAGACCAUAUGGACCACUGCUACCCCAACACCCCCAACCACGCCCACACCUACUCGGGCCCGCCUCCAAGCCUGUUGGGCCUCACUGGCCACGGGCCCGCUGGCAUGGAGCAUGACCCAAGGGGCGGGCCUAUGGCGUACCGAAGCGGCACAUUGGGCCGGCCCCACCAGGCUCCUCCUCCUCCACCCCCGACGGACACGAUGAAUGGAUCCAUGGUCCUCCCCCCAGUAGACUACAGCAUGGAUUACAUGAACACCGGGCCCCCACCUCCUCCCCCCGGCCCCCUCAUCCCUUCAGCACAGACUGCCUUCGCCAUGCCCCCUAUGGGCCCGGGCCUGCCCACUGCCCACCUUGGACCAAUGAGCUCAGCCAUGGGCUACAUGUCUCCUCCUCCACCGGUGUCUGGACCAAUGGUGGCACCACCCCCACCCGGGCCCCCGCCUCCGCCCCCUAGUUUCAAUCAUGCUGCCGCCCCAAAAGCUCCCCCGGUUCCUAGCGAGGCCGAGCCCGCCACCGAUGCCCGCAGUGACCUGCUUGCUGCCAUCCGCAUGGGCAUCCAGCUGAAGAAGGUGCAGGAGCAGCAGGAGCAGCAGGCCAAGCGGGAGCCCGUGGCGAACGACGUGGCCACCAUCCUGUCACGCCGCAUCGCCGUCGAGUACAGCGACUCCGAGGAUGACUCCGAUCUGGAGGACAACGACUGGUCCGAUUAGGACACACACUCACACACACACACACACACACACACACGUGUAUAGUCUAACACAUUUACUGAUGCUUACCACACGUACAUAUAAACGCACUAGGGUGACCAGAUGAGUAGUAUGUUUGUGUGAGACAAUGUGGGGCAUGCUACCAACGCUGACAGGUAACCUAAAACUUUCAUAUAAUCUAUCUAACGGAAUAAGAGACAUUUGUAUUCUGCCUUUUGGCUUGUAAACACAGAAACUUUGUCCUCUAGUGGACCAGCUAGGCCAUAAAAGAUACAGGCUACAGCUUUUGUUAUAUGACAGAUAGGAUGUCGCCUGGAAGCCUGUACCUUAUCUGUUAAGUUUGUGUGCGUUUGCUGCUUUUAAGGUAGUGAUAUUAAAAUGGGGUGGAAACUAUUCCGCAUUGGCAUAAUGACUCAUGUGCCGAACAGGUAAAGGAACGCACCCGUUACAAACCAAAUGACCAAUGAAAAUGCAAUUAAGGUAUCUCAGUAUGUGAAGUGCGGGACAAAGGGUCAAAACAACAACAAAACAACAACGUAAAGCGGGACACCUGGUCACCCUAACAUACGCACACACACACACACACACACACACACUCAGUUAUACUGAUCACACCUACUGACAGACACACCUCACAUACUUAUAUACGUAUAUACCUGCAUACUGAAUUAACAGGUGUAUAUACACACAAACACUAGGUUGGCCAUCCUAUAUAGUAAGCCACAGAAGGUGAAAUAAAUAGCUGACUAGCAACUUCCCUGUAACAGACUGCAGUCUCUUCUCUCUCUGUUGUCACUCUCUCCUUUUUACUAAUACUUUUUAACAAAGCAACUGUGAAUAGUUCAUCUUGAAUGUGUGUAGCCUGUAGGAUGGGAAGUGAAGGGGAAGGAAGGGUUCCACUAGACAGUGAGAGGUUGAGAGUUAAUUUAAGACUGAACUGGAAUCAGUUUUGUGCGGACAGGGGACUGUCUGACGUCAUAUAGGGAUAGCUAAGUGAUGAAAGUAUCAGACUUGGAGUCAGGUAUGGGUCAGGAUGUGUGUGUGUACGUGUGUAUACGUGUGUGUGUGUGUGUGUGUCUGUGUGUGGAACAAAAACAAUUGGUUAGUGUUUUCACACCUCCACGUGUGUGAACUCUGACCCUGUGACAAUUAAAAUAAAAUAAAAAUGUUACCAUA